AGUGCUUUGAAUGCAUUCCCAUCAGUUUAAAUCGUACACUGGAAAAUCGAAUACGUUAAAUCAUUAAGAUGAAGUGGAUAACAAUUAUAUUUUGUAUUUCCGUUGUCCAGAUCUGUUCCAGUGGAAAAUCUCUCGAUCAAAUUAGUGCACGUUUAAAGGCACUAAACAAUGUAAAUCCAAAAGCUGUUGAUGACUUGAUUUUUUUGUUCAAAAAAUUUAUUCCAUCUGCUGACAGAAGCGGCAUUGAGAUGAUUGUGUGUUCGGCUACACUCUAUACCAUAGCUGUAAAGGAUGACUUUUAUAAAACGAACCGUAACAUCUCGGAACUGUAUCAAGAGUACAGCAAAGCUGCGACUGAAAGUAAAUUAAUACAAGAAACAUAUAUAACUACAUGGGAUGAUUUGCAUAAUCAAAUCAAAAGUUUACUCGAGAAAAAAUUAACACCACUGCAAAUUGAUCGAGCAUUAAUUAUAUAUAACUAUAUAUUAUUAUUCGAUCUCAGCGGUGGUGUAACAACCAGAAAAGUCGAUUUGAUCGUGUCUAUAUAUCACAAUGCACUGGGUAUACCUAAAUCGGUAGCUUGUAAUAUUGAUUUUAGUGAAGAUUUUUGUCGAAAAUAUGAGACUUGUUCAAGAGUUAAAAGUGUCCAAAAAGUGUGCGACAUUUUGAAAGCAAGAUCUGACAUUGAUCAUACCACUGUUGAUGAAUUGUGUAGUAUGUCCAACAAACUAAAAACGUUCGAUGAAAAAGAUCUUGAAUGGAUGGCGAGUUUUGCCACACUCAUGACCAUAUCAUUGAAUGGAGAUUUCUCGAAAACAAAUCGAAAUGUAUCCGAUAUUUGGCAAAGUGUGACCGGCGGAAUAGCGAAAGGUCAAGUUUCAUCAGAAAAGGAAUUUAUGCGUAGGCUCAAGGAAAUGCUAUCAACUGAAUUAAGUUUAUCAAAAACAGAAGAAGCACUGCAGUUUGCCUCAACAAUCUAUCGUCAUGGUAGAAUAGACGAUCGGAAAGAAGCCGAUUAUGUCAUAUCUAUGUUCCAUAACCCACUUGGCUUAACAAAAGGUACUGUUUGCAGAAUUGUAUUCACUGACGAAUGUGGUGACAAUUGUAUUAAUGUAUAAAUUAUUUUUUGUUGUACAAAUACAUUUAAAAAAAAAACAUGGCAAUAUGAUCAAUAAAUAAUAAAAAAUACUCACAUUUAA